AUUCAUUAGUCUAACGGCCGCAGCUGUGUAUGGUGCUGAACUUUAUUCAGUCAUUACUCGGCGUAGAUGCACUUUAUAAAUAAACAAACAGAAAGUUGGGAGAAUGUAUAUUGCGACGCUUGAAAAUACAACUAAAUGAACGUUCACAAUAACAACGCCAACAGUCACAGUACAGUUCACAGUCACUUGCGGGCACAUUUUAAUGUGAGGCAUUCAUAUGAAACGCGAUGGCUGUUCUCGAAACAUUUCAUAUUACUAGUUGUUUUUAGAUGACUGGUUGAGCAUGUGUGUCAACAAAGUAAGCUUUCAGGUUAUUGAAUAAUAUAUUUCCGUUACGUGACCGAACGGAACAGGCUGUUCCCUCUCUUCCCAAGGUAUAAAGCCAUCGAAGUAGAGGCGCUUCAGAGUUUGGAAAGCCAGAUUAUCUCUAUGAACUCAGUGUGUUUUAUCGUGCCCUAUGGAUGACUACCGGAUAAAACGAUACAGACGGUACGACGCAGAGGUGAAUGAGAGAGACCAGAAGGCUGACAAUGGCCUAGUGCUGCCUAGUGCAAACCUGCUCUUCCAGAAGCAGCAGCUGAAGCCGCAGGCUUCCUUGUCGGGCCUUCCGUCACAAUACGGACAAACAACAACAUAUCAAUCUCCUCUGAAUUGCCUUUGGGAAUUUUUGGGAAAAGUUCGAUCUUGGAGACAAGGACCACUUAAUCCCUACCAGCGAAUAAGGGAUGUUCACUACGGAGUGUCGGUCAUGGAUUCAACCAAGCGAUUUUUUUCAACCAGAAAAUAGGCUAUGAUUCUGUCUAUAUGAUAAUUAGAUCCAGAUACCGUUUUGCUUCGUCGACACAUAACAACUUCAUGAGUACUUCUUUGGGGUACAGAAGCUCUAAUGUGGCUUGAGAAUGAUGACCAUCAACCGAGACUUCUUGUCUAUUAAGGCACAUUAUUUCAUUUUAAACAGUGCACAAGCGUGUUAUAUAAAUUAUCUGGCAGUGGUAGGUCAUCAGGCUGGUAUUUCAGUAGGUGAUAUUGGUAUAAUAUUGGGGAUUGCUCCACUUGCCGCAGCUGUAUUCAAACCUUUGGCGGGAAUGAUUGCGGACAAAAUGCGAAACAUUACUGCUGUGAUCAUGACGUGCGAGAUUCUCCUAUUGGUAUUCUGCUGGGGUGUGUUCCUGACGCCGCAGCUGUCAACGACUGAACAAGAGUUCGUGAGCCGAAACUUUUCUACCUGUCCAGCCACCUUGUCCUUAGCAGGAUCGAUACCAUUUAAAAAAGGCAGUCAAUGCAAUCUUAACUGCGGAGACGUUUCGAAGCGAUCUUUCAAGUUGAUCCAAGAUGAAAGCACAGACUGUUCUAUGAGUUGUUCCGUGGAAUGUUCUUCGAAUGUUGCUCAUCUAUACACAAGUGGGCUGUUAUUAUACGCAGUUUCUGUGACCAUAACGUUUGCUCUGGGCUCAACUCUAUAUUCGGUGACCGACGCGGCGUGCUACGAAACGCUCGGUGUUGACCAUGGCUAUUUAUUUGGGCAACAGCGACUGUGGGGCACACUCAGUUGGGGAAUUACCAGUCCCCUAGUUGGCUACUUAAUCGAUGCCGUUCCUGACUCCGACAUGAGGAAGUUUCUUCCAGCUAUAAUAGGUUUCACUGUAUUAAUUGUACUUAAUAACGUGCUGCUCUUAUUCACACCACGGUUUAUCACUCCGACAACAACCGAGCACUUUUUCGAAGAUUUGAAAACAAUUUAUAGAAAUGCUCGAGUAAUAAUGUUCACUUUUCGGUCACUGAUGGGCGGUAUUCUGCUUGGCGCGGUGUGGACCUAUUCUGUUUGGUUGCUUGAAAAAUUGAACGCGUCGAAGACUUUAACGGGACUUACCUUCAGUAUGCAGUCACUAGUGGUUGAAAUUCCUAUGUUUUUCAUUUCGGGGUACCUUUUGGAGUGGUUAGGUUACUUCGGCUGCAUGACGGCAACAUUCGUCUGUUUAGCCGUCAAGUUGCUUGGAUAUUCGUUUUUACAGGAUCCUUGGUACGCGCUGCUAAUCGACGUUGUCGGCGGAGGGGCAUUCCCCUUAUUCUACGUGUCUCUCACUGGAUUUGCUAAUAUAUCCGCAUUAGCGGGUACUGCCGGGACGAUGCAAUGUCUUUUUGGCGCUGUCUACGAGGGAAUAGGCGUCUCGAUAGGGAACUUCGUCUGUGGUCGCUUUAUUGAUAUGUAUGGAGUUCGAGCAGCAUUUCAGAUAAUGGGUCUCAUAGCAUUGGCCUGUGUACCAUUCUGCGCGCUUAGUUAAUCUAUGGGACGCAACAAUCAGGCAAGCAAGUACUCAGCGGCAGCAACUUCUGAACUUUCGGAAGACUCGAGUUCGAAAAAAAAUACACCAAACUGCAAGCAACGCGCGUCAAGUGGUUCCGUAUGUUUCAUAGUCUUAUGUUUAGCACCUAGUAUUCUUACCUAUGUCAGUGUGCUAAGCGAAUCAAAUGACAAUCAAUGCUAUUUGUGGCAAAUGGAACAUUCGUGAUAGAAUUCUAUUGGGUUAUAUUCUAAUUAGAACUUCGGAACAGCAAGUUGCAUGAUGUUAUUGUUUAUUAUACAAAAAGUUGUUAUGGCAUAAAAUACUAAACAAUACAUAAAAGUGAAAAUUUGCACUCCCUUAAUACAAAGUGCUUUUUUUUAUACAUAACUUAUCAGUGGUUCUAAUAGUUGUGCUAGGGUGGCAUGCAAGCGAAGAAUGUCCAAAAAUAUGAUAUAUAAAAAAGUGGACGCGACUUGGAGGGAGAAGUCUUUCUUUAGGUUUAGGUGGACUUUCUGUACUUUCUUUCCACACGUUGAAUAGAGUUCUAUCUUACCGGAUAUCAUAUUCACUGUUGUAUUGUUAUGCAUGUAAUUACCUACUCAGUGAAACUCGAGAUUAAAGGCAAAGAUAGUGCUGUCAGUAUAGCUAGGCUAUUGAGAUAAACCGAUUCCAUCGGCAAGCGAUGUGAUACAUGAUGCAAUAAAAAAAUGGCAAAAUUUAGAUCAAUAACAUGUUCCCAUAAAUAGUUUCUUUGGUCUUAAUUUAUAGCUCUGCAAGGGGCUCAAUAUACUAGACAGCCAGUUACAAAACUCACUAUGGUAUGAGAAACCAGCUGGAAAUCCAGCCAUUUAGCUACAUCAUUUUUCUUUUGACCAAAUAAUUGCUCUUUUCACAAUUGGUAGUUGCUGAUAAAGCAAACUGACAAUUUAAAUAUGUUGUAUUUUAUGCCGGUGACCUGCUGUUUGUUCUAUUAGUGAGGUCAAACGUGAAGCAUUAUUUAUUAAAAACAUAACGAUUACACAAAGCAUAAACUGAGAUGCCCUUUAAUUUCGUUUAGAGAACUUAUCGACUGUGAAGCGUAAAGAUUCAGUAAGAGAUGAUGCAGAUUCUCACAUGACGAAAUGCUAUAUCAGGCCUUUGUGAGAUCCAUGUUAGCACUUAUGUAAGAGGCGAAUUUUGAUCCAGUGUUGUAUUUUUUACGUUAGUGAUAUAUAGUUAGAUGUGUUGUAUCUAUCAGUGGAAAAUAGAAAAUAGAGGUUAUCAACAUCGCACAGAUCCGUAAAUUUAACUAGCAAAUGGAAUCUAUUGCAAGCUGCCCAAUACUGUAUAUUCGUGACAAAGCUAGAAAAAAGCUCUGCAUAGUUCCUAUAGCAGUUUUAACUAUUUACGUUGUUUUUUACGUAAUAUAAAAUGUUAUAAUUUUUAGUUCAUACGUGCUUCCUUAUUCAUAAUAUAAAAACACGUAUACGUACGAGCUUUUAUAUUUUAUCGAUAUUCAUUCGCAUACUUAGAUCAGCAUGAUUUAACCAGCACUACAACUCGUAUGUGUACGUGUUUUUAUAUUAUGAAUCAGUAUGGCAACUGCAGCACGUAUGCAGUAAAGUAAAAUUAAAUAUUUUAUAUUAUGUAAAGAAUAACUUCGUUUUAAUACAAAACAGCUACAGCAACCACGACAGUUUUCUCGAUUUUGAUUGUAAAUCAAAAAUCGGAAUUCAUUGAUUAGUUCUCGACAAUCAAACCAUAAGUCAAAGUCGCUCAAGUUUAUUGUGUCUGCUAGCAACUACUGUAAUUAACAGAUUUGAAUCAUGAAAACCGAACUACACAAAGAUGAUAUUAACAUGGAUUGCAUAUACAUAAAUCAACAUUGUAAAAUUUAUAGAUACAUAUCAUUGGCCUAUAUUAUGCCUCAAUGCAUCAUUUAUUGAGAAAACUGAAUUUUUUGGUUCCUUUGGCUAUGAAGGACCUGUGACAUGUUUGGUAAAGUUUUUUAAAUAAUAGCCUUUGUUUAAUUCAUAUCAAAUAUGGCAUCUCCGUCUUCUCAGUACACAUAAAUAACAAGUACGUAAGAUGCAAAUAGUCCGAAGUUAUUAUAAGCUAUCCUAAAAAGUCGAAAGUGCAAUUUCAGAAUAUCAAAUCUCUCUGAACUUCUCUGCGAAAAUUGUGAGCUUUUUCUUGUAUACGUGACAUUUAAUGAUAUCAUGUCCAGAGUCAUUUAGUCUGAUAAAAACAGCGCGUGCUAUCGAUACAGCGAAAAAUGUAUGCGUCUGUUUUUAUUCAUAUUGAAUCAUCUACGUAGGGAUGGCGACCCGCACCAGGCAUAAUUACAAAAAAAUUGGUGAUAGGAUAUCUCCCCAGAGAUAAUUGCUGGAUCGUUUAUAGAAAUCUUUGUCAAGAUUAAUUUAAUUUAGAGCUUAAUGUAAACUGCAGUAAAGUGCCGCGGUAGGUGUGUCCGUCAGCACUACAAUAUAGUUUUGUUUUUCUAUUCUCUAACU